UUUCCAACUGUGUGUGUGUGCUCCGCGGUCGGUAUUACUGUUUCGUCUCCAAAUGAAGCUUGGUUCUUUCCCGUGAUUUCUUCGCCAUGAGCUGCUUGGAUGUGAUGUACCAAGUUUUUGGACCCCAGCCUUAUUUCAGCUCUUACAGCCCCUAUCACCACCAGAAACUGGCCUUGUAUUCUAAAAUGCAAGACCCCCAAGACAGUGGAAGCCCGCUUGCCAUGAGAGAUGGAUCAUUCCCUAUGAGCCAGAGAAGUUUCCCUCCGUCGUUCUGGAACAGCUCCUACCAGCCGUCGGUCUCCUCCACACUGGGUAGCGCUCUGUCUGCUCCCCACACAGAGCUGUCCUUCCCCGGGGACCCGUACUCCUCCGCCUCCCUGCACAGCCACCUUCACCAGUCCAGCCCCGACACCUGGCACCCUUCCCACCACCAUCACCAUCACCAUCAUCACCCUUACUCUCUAGGAGGCGCUAUAGGCAGCCAGAGCUCAGCGUACCCACGUCCAGGAGUUCACGAGAUGUAUGGCACACCAUUUGACCAACGCUACGGCUCGCUGUUAGUGCCUUCGGUGAGGCCUCAUCACCGUCUGACGUCUAGCAGCUCAGUACCAGGGCCCAGCGCCUCACCCUGUGACCUUGGGGGGAAGGGGGAGUCAGGGACGGGGUCAACCUGGAGUGGCGCCUUCACUGGAGCUGGAGCAGAAAUCGGUCUCAACAUGGACACAGGUCUGCAGGCACAGGAUAAGAGCAAGGAUUUGUAUUGGUUUUAGAGACUGCUGAGACUCUUCGCCCUUCUCUACUCAUCAGCUAUAGCCUCUUUUCUCCACUCCUGCUCUGCUUUGUUGCUCUGCUGCUGUUAUGGGAUGACUGACAGGGAAACUGACGGCAGUUUUGUGCUGUAACGGCUUCUGGUCUACUUGCAGCUCUGUGUUACGGUGGACUGUGUAACAGCAGCGCAGCCCUGCUGAGCUGAACGGCGACAGCGCAGAUACUUAAGCGAGCGUGGAAACAAGUGGACUCACAGAAAGAAGAGAGAGAAUCUGCUCUUGACGGAUUUGGACAAAGAUGAGACUUUGUGCUCCUGGAACAGGCAGGGACAACAUUCCUAAACUGGAAAUAGUCUGGGGACAGACGGACAGAGACACGUGUUGUCAAACUCCAAAGACAAGCGCUUGAAGGACUUGGCAGGACUUGCUUUGCUGGGACAACUGGGCUGCAGACACUGGGAGAGUGUUAUGGCUGGAGAAAAGGCCAUGUUGGCGUUGAGGAGGCCGCACAGCAACAAUCUGGCAGACGGCAAAGGCAGGAAGAGUUGAAACACUUUGGCCUAUAUGGAGCAGCAGUUCAGUGUCAACUGGAAGCAAACGUACAACACAGUGCAAAUGUAAGAGUUUUAAAUAACAGUUACAGAUGGUUUGCAGCUAAUACUGAAGAUGCUCAAGUCAUUAUUUCACAAAAUGUAACAGCUGGGCGACUACAAAGCUUUUCUGUCCUAAGUCUCUACUACGUGUUAAUUCUGAAACAAGUCCUCUUUAUUUUUGAGUGUCUUGGCAGAUGUGUCUUGUCCAUUAAAAAAAAAAAAUUAGGAAGUAUUUUUUAGCACCUUAGGGGAUAAAAAAAUCUUUAAUAUUGAAAAAAGGUCCACCAAUAAUUAACAUUUCCCUCAGUGUUAGCAUAAUUUGAAAUGCUGUUAAAGUCAU